AAUGAUUAAUUUCUACAAUUGCGACCCAAGUCAUUCCCUUUAAAGUCAACUUAUCAUCAAUAUUUACUCUUUAGCACAAGUAUUUCCCUCUUUGUGACCGAACCUCACACAGUCAAACUAAGAUCAAAACUCACAUCUUUUCCUUCUCCACAACCACUUGCACUUUCAACUCCAAGAUUCUGAACAUCAAAAGCCAUGAACGAAGAUUUCGAUAUCCCUCAAGCCGAAGAAAUCAACGAGGAUUUCGAUCUCCCUGAAGACAAGGUAGGCGAAGAGAGACAAGUCGGCGAUGGUGGUCUCAAGAAGAAGCUUCUCAAGGAAGGUGAAGGUUGGGAUACACCUGAAUUCGGAGAUGAAGUUCAAGUUCACUACACCGGGACUUUGCUUGAUGGAACAAAAUUUGAUUCGAGUCGUGAUAGAGAUUCUCCUUUCAGCUUCACGCUUGGACAAGGGCAAGUAAUUCAAGGGUGGGAUGAAGGUAUUAAAACCAUGAAGAAAGGUGAAAAUGCACUCUUCACCAUCCCUCCCGAGCUAGCUUAUGGUGUAUCUGGUUCACCUCCAACAAUUCCUCCUAAUGCAACACUCCAAUUUGAUGUUGAGCUGUUGUCUUGGACAAGUGUGAAGGACAUAUGUAAAGAUGGCGGUAUAUUUAAGAGGAUACUUACUGAGGGGGAGAAAUGGGAGAAUCCCAAGGAUCCUGAUGAAGUAUUGGUUAAUUAUGAGGUUCGUCUCGAGGAUGGAAAGGUUGUAGCAAAGUCGGAUGGGGUGGAGUUCACUGUCAGUGAAGGUCAUUAUUGCCCUGCACUCUCAAAGGCUGUUAAAUCCAUGAAGAAGGGAGAGAAAGUGAUUUUAUUAGUAAAGCCUCAAUAUGGAUUUGGCGAGAAGGGGAAGCCAGUGCGUGGUGAUGAAGGUGCAGUUCCACCAAAUGCAUCACUGCAGAUUACACUUGAGUUGGUUUCUUGGAAGACUGUUUCAGAUGUGACUAGCGACAAGAAGGUCAUAAAGAAGAUCCUCAAGGAAGGGGAAGGAUUUGAGCGUCCAAAUGAAGGGGCCGUUGUAAAAUUGAAACUAAUUGGUAAGCUGCAAGAUGGUACUGUCUUUUUUGAAAAGGGCCGUGACAAUGAAGAGAAGCUGUUUGAAUUCAAAACAGAUGAGGAGCAAGUCAUUGAUGGACUAGAUAAAGCUGUAAUGACUAUGAAGAAGGGUGAGGCAGCAUUACUGACUAUUGCUCCUGAGUAUGCAUUUGGUUCAUCAGAGUCCCAGCAGGAGUUGGCUGUAAUUCCUUCUAAUUCAACUGUCUAUUAUGAAGUUGAACUAGUGGCAUUUGAUAAGGAGAAGGAAUCUUGGGAUAUGAGCACUGAAGAGAAAAUUGAAGCUGCUGGUAAGAAGAAAGAAGAAGGAAAUGUUUUGUUUAAAGCUGGUAAAUAUGCAAGAGCUUCUAAAAGAUAUGAGAAGGCUGUGAAGUACAUAGAGUAUGAUUCCUCCUUCAGUGAUGAGGAGAAAAAGCUGUCAAAGACCUUGAAGAUUGCUUCCUUAUUAAACAAUGCUGCUUGCAAGUUGAAGUUGAAAGAGUACAAAGAUGCAGAGAAGUUGUGUACUAAGGUUUUGGACAUUGAGAGCACAAACGUUAAAGCCCUAUAUAGAAGGGCUCAAGCAAGUAUACAGCUAACUGACUUGGAUUUGGCUGAAAUUGACAUUAAAAAGGCUCUUGAGGUUGAUCCUGACAACAGGGAAGUAAAGCUGGAGUACAGGAAUUUGAAGGAAAAGGUUAAGGAGUACAAUAAAAAGCAGGCAAAAUUUUAUGGAAACAUGUUCAGCUUGACAAAGUCUUGAUCCUGUUAGAAACUUUAGUAUGCCAUUAUGUUUCAAAAACCAGCGCUAUAGACGUAACCUGUGGGUAUUGACAACAGAAUCUGUUCUAGCUGAGUACCUGUUUUCAAUGGGUUUGAUCAUUGUAUCCUUUAUGGAUUAUGGGAAAAAUUGGUGUUUGACAUUCAUUUUGUAUUUUUAAUAUUUGAAUGUUAACAUAGUUGACAUGUUUUGAUUAUCCCCAUAAGUGUAGUGAUUUGUUUAAGAACUACUAUCAGUACACUACUUUUAAUUCCUA